AUGGAUAAGCAAUUUGCAAGCAUGGAUGGUAGGUUCGGGUUGAUUGAAAAGGAUUUGAAGACGGCGGUUGCGGGUUGUGAUAUUUGUGGUGAUAGGCAUUACACGGAAGAUUGUGAUAAAGCGCCACGGAAUGAGGAAGUUGAUUAUGUUCAAAAUCAAUAUCAACCACCGAUUGCAAAUCGAGGACUAUUUCAAAGGAAUGGAGCUUAUCAAAACCGGUACCAAGGUAAUUCUAAUCCUAAUUUUAAUUCUAAUGGUGCAGGGAAUUAUAGGUCCACAUUGGGAGCUUCAUGGCAAGGAAGAAAUCAAGGAAGUCCUUCGGUUCAACCGGUUGAAGUUGUUGAUCCUAAUGCCGAGCUUAGGGAUCUUGUGAAGAAGUUUAUGGUUGAUCAAGACAAGAAGAAUGAGAAUUACCGAACCGACAUCACCGCUUUGAAUGAUAAGAUGAAUCAAAAUAUCAAAAGUCAACAAGCGGCGAUCAAAGAUUUAGGAGUAAGGCUUGAUAGAAUGGGUAAUUCUAAUCGUCAACAAGGAUCUUUGCCAAGUAAUACCCAACAAAAUCCUAAGCCUUCCAGUUCGAAUGAUGGAGAGAUUGUAAUGGAGCUGAACCAAGCCGUGAAACCACCGGCCGUUCCAUCUACAUCUACUACUCCGGUUGCUACACCGGUAGCUAAACCAACAAUUGAUGAGCCUCAAGUCAAGCCAUAUAAGCCUAAGAUUCCUUUCCCUCAAAGAUUGAAGAAGGAAAAGCUCAAAGAAGAAUACCGUAAGAUGCCGAAUUAUGCUAAGUUCAUCAAGGAUCUUGUAACGGAUAAGAGGAAGCUAGAGGAAGCCAAGGCUACUGUCCUUAACGCAAAGUGUUCGGCAAUUGUGCAAAAUCAAAUCCCUCCUAAGCUUGAAGAUCCAGGGAGUUUUCUUAUUACUUGUUCUCUAGAUGAUAAGCUUAAUUGUGAUGCUUUGGCCGACAUUGGUGCAAGCAUUAAUUUGAUGCCUUUUUCGGUUUAUAGGCGAUUGUCUUUAGCGGAUCUUAAGCCAACUCGGGAUGAGCAUUAG